CCUUCACAGACGAUGAUCUAUUCUACAUCCGGGGAUUCGGUGCCUCACAUCCUUUGCUUCCAUCGGCUCGCUCCUUCUCGCUUAAUCUUGCCAAUGCGUCCGAAGACUCAUGCACGGGAUCUACCGAGGCCGGGAUUCUGUAUAGAGAGUUCAUCGGUGGAGUCAAUAUCAUGCGAUCGGUUGAAGUCUUUGAUAUGGUGAUAGCCGAUUUCGCCGUGAGAGCGGCUCGGCAGCACGAGACUACGGGAGAUUACGUCGUACUGGUUGUCAUGGUGACCGCAGACGUGAUUGCUCAGUAUGAUGACUCUCAGGUAAAUCUAAAUUCUCUUAAGAAAGACGAAGAAGAUCUUGCAUGUAAGGUUCCCGCGGUAUAUACCAGCCCGUGCACAAUCCGGCUAUGUUAG